UUCACUUUUCUCUCUCUCCACAUAUUUGGUUUGCUGUCACAAACGAACGUUUAACCACCAACCGCAUUCUUUUUUGGCUUAUUUUAAUCCUUGUUCUCUUUGUAAUUUAUAUCUUUCCACACUCUUUAUAAAUCUCGUAAGGCUCAUUUUGUCACUGCUUUUUAUCCUUUUCCUUUAACUAUUGAAUUUUUACAUUCUCUUUGCAGAGAAUUUUACAAGUUAAAUUGUAGACUAAUUGUAAGGAGAAAUGCUCUUUAUAGAUACUCUUGAAGCUGAAAGAAUUGUGUUUUAUAAUGAUGUGUGUGUAGAAACCGAAGGGGUGUAUUACGCCUUCACCGGGGGUAUGCUAGUUUCGGGGUAUGACAGUUUCGUCUUUCGCCGAAUUUCGCCUUUUUAG